AUGUUGUGGGGUCUAUAAUUGAUGACUGUGAGCACAGGAACAGUGAUGAGGAACUGAGGCCGAGUGGAGGCAGAUGAGACUGAAACUGUGGGCCUCUAGCACUGGAAAUGGGUGGAGAGGAAUCAGCAUGGCUGGGAUUCACCUAUCAGAGAAAUCAUAGAGCUGACAUUCUCUGUUGCUGGGUAAAGAGGACGCUGGAAGGUGCUGGGAAGAGAUGGGAGAAUUUUAGGUACCAGCGUGGUCAAGAGAGCUCCAGUUCACAGUUCAUUUUCAGAAUUAGAGAAAGAGAUUUAAAAAGAUAAGUUACACCUUCCUCUGACGGCAAAUGUUUUCCAUUAUGUUCCUUCUCCCGAGCCCCACCCCCAUCCCAGACAGUCAGAUGAUCUUUGAUGUUUUUUGGUCACAUUUUAAAUCACGUUUUAUGUUACGUUGUCAAUAUUUUACAAAAAUAUUCUGCUGAUAAUUAAGAAUGAAUGUGCUAUCUAAUAAAAUAUAUAAUUAAUCUUUCUUUCAGGUCCACCUCCCUGAGAUACCUCCUUUUUAUUUAAUCAUUUCUGCAGAAGUGUUAUAAUUUCUAUUUAGAGGUUUUAAUUAACUUGAAUGAAGUUGAUCUUUAAUUAUUUAUCUAUUCCUGGUUACCUUUGUUAGUGAAAUUUCUAGAUAAUUUUUAUUUUUCAGAUUUCUUAGUAUUUGAUUUUUCCUGGUAUUUAAACAGUGUAAUAACAUUUUUAUCUUUAAAUUACUAGUCUUGUUAUUUCAUUUUCAUAUAAGAAUACCCAGGACAGCAUUACCUGUGGUAACAAUGUGCGCCCAUAUUUUGAUCUUGUUUUUAAGAAGGGUUUCUCUAACGUUUUUCUGUUACAGGUAAUGUUAAUUUUUUAUUUUAUAUUCUCUUUACCAUAUUUAAGAAAUACUUUUCUAGUCUCAUUUUAAAUAUUUCAAUUUUGAGCUAUUUAUUUGAUACUCAUAGAGAAGAUCACAAAACAUUUACUAUUUAAUGUAAUGAUGAAGUACAUAUAUUACGUUAAUAUUUUUUCUUGUUUGUGGUAGCCUUACCUUGCAUAAAUAAUAAUUACUAACAGAUUAGGAUAUGAGAGAUUCUGUUAUUAGUGCUUUGCAUGCAUUACCUCAUUUAAACCUCACAUUAAACCUGAGGGAGGUAUUAUUAAUGUCUACUGUAAAAAUAAAUUACCUGAGACAUCGAGGAAGUAUUUGUCUAAUUAUCUAUGGCAGGUAAAUGACAAGGAGAAAAGUCCCAUCCAGGCAGUUACUAAAAAAACUGAGUUUUUCUCCACAAUCCUCUCCUGGCCCCUUAAUCCUACUAGACACCUUCUACUACAUAAUUAUUUUCUUCUCUUGCAUUUUACAUGCUAGCCUUCUAUUUACAUUUUAAUAUUGAUUUAAAGAAAUGAUGCCAAUUUGAUUUUUUUUUGAAAUUAGAAUUGGUGGUCCAACAGGAUCACAUUUAUAAGUGUCUAAAGUAAGAAGUAAUGUUCUUUGAAAGUUUGUAAAAAUAUUCACUCUAAACAAAAUAGAAUCAGAUGCUUUGAAGGAGGUGGGGUCUUUGAUGAUUUUUUUUCACUUUCUUCCUUAUUUACCAGUCAAUUUAUAUUCUCUAUGGACUUUAUUUUUCCAAAGCAAUUUCAGACCUAUUGAUCUCAUUUGAUCUUAAGAGCUUUGCUAUAAGGCAGGUUAUAUCAUCCCCAUAUUGAAGACAAGGAAUCGAAGUCCAAGAGAGGCAGUGUCGUUAAAGCUGCAUAUUUACAUGGUAGGGUAGGUGGUGUGUCCACGCUCCCAGUGUAAGGUCCCUAGACUGAGCCCUCCUGACCCUGAUGACAGUCCUGUGGAAGAACCUGGUAACUCCUGCACAUCGCAGGACUCACAGACCUCUGGGAGAAAGUAAAUAUGAAUGGGUGCUAAUCUUAAACACACCCUUGGACAAAGGCAAGACAGACAGACUCAGGCCUCAUUUGAGUUCUGAGAUGGGUACUCUAAUCCCUCUAAGUCAUGCCACUGACUGACCUUUUACACACUAAGAUAGCACUUUUUCCACAACAGACCAUGUCCUGUGGGUGUGUGAGGUGUGGCAGAAUUGGGGAAAUGAUAAUCCCUGUAGAUGGGCCAGCAGAAUAUUUGAGAUCACCUUCAGAGCAAAGAAAACGCAUAAUCUCCCCAAACAUCAUGACUUAUCUGACUGGUUAAAAUUAGUAUCACUGUCUUUCCUCCGUCAUCUUAAGUGCAUCACAGGCUUUAUAUUUUCAGACCUUUCAUACUAACUUUCUGCCUAGUGAGCAAUGACUCAUACAAAGCUCAGUGUCCAUUGGUUCUUUUCUCAGACUCUGUCCAAUCCCAGGGUCACAGAAGACUACUUGGGUUCAUGGUCUCUAAUAUUUCAAACAGGAGCUCCCUUUAGCGAGUCCUUCUUUUCCUGACUGCAGCUCUUUUCAUUUUGCCACCCUUUUCCAGCUCCAUGAUGGUUCUGCAGGUUUCUGCAGCCUCCCGGACAGUGGCUCUGACGGCGUUACUGAUGGUGCUGCUCACAUCUGUGGUCCAGGGCAGGGCCACUCCAGAGAAUUACGUGUACCAGGUACGGCAGGAAUGCUACGCGUUUAACGGGACACAGCGCUUCCUGGAGAGAUACAUCUACAACCGGGAGGAGUACGCGCGCUUCGACAGCGACGUGGGGGAGUUCCGGGCGGUGACGGAGCUGGGGCGGCCUGCUGCGGAGUACUGGAACAGCCAGAAGGACCUCCUGGAGGAGGAGCGGGCAGUGCCGGACGGGAUGUGCAGACACAACUACGAGCUGAACGAGGCCGUGACCCUGCAGCGCCGAGUCCAGCCUAAGGUGAACGUUUCCCCCUCCAAGAAGGGGCCCCUGCAGCACCACAACCUGCUUGUCUGCCACGUGACAGAUUUCUACCCAGGCAGCAUUCAAGUCCGAUGGUUCCUGAAUGGACAGGAGGAAACAGCUGGGGUCGUGUCCACCAACCUGAUCCGUAAUGGAGACUGGACCUUCCAGAUCCUGGUGAUGCUGGAAAUGACCCCCCAGCAGGGAGACGUCUACAUCUGCCAAGUGGAGCACACCAGCCUGGACAGUCCUGUCACCGUGGAGUGGAAGGCACAGUCUGAUUCUGCCCGAAGUAAGACAUUGACGGGAGCUGGGGGCUUCGUGCUGGGGCUCAUCAUCUGUGGAGUGGGCAUCUUCCUGCACAGGAGGAGCAAGAAAGUUCAACGAGGAUCUGCAUAAACAGGGUUCCUGACCUCACCAAAAAGACUAAUGUGCCUUAGAACAAGCAUUUGCUGUGUUUUGUUAGCACCUGGUUCCAGGACAGACCCUCAGCUUCCCAAGAGGAUACUGCUGCCAAGAAGUUGCCCUGAAGUCAGUUUCUAUCGUUCUGCUCUUUGAUUCAAAGCACUGUUUCUCUCACUGGGCCUCCAACCAUGUUCCCUUCUUAGCACCACAAAUAAUCAAAACCCAACAUAA